AAAUCCAUCGAUACUAUCAUGCCAUCGAUAGUCUAAAGUUACGGCAUGUGUUUCUUCUGUCUAAUUUAAGUUUAUGGAAAAUGAUAUCGUGUAAAAAUUUAUUUGUAUUUCGGAAGCUGUCAACAGUAAGGAGUUGCCGACACUAUCAGGUCCAUUUGCGAGCGGCGUUGUCAUGCAGUUCCAGCGGAACGUCGUCGACGAGAGCUGCCUCAACAUGGAGAAUUGUGGACCUCUUGGAUAAGACGAGGAGCACAGCAGCAAGAACAGCCGCAGGCUCAGUCCGCACGAUACACACAUCUAGCACCUUACUGGCCAAAGAUUAUUACUCCGCAUUGGGAGUGGCCAAGAACGCCAGUGCCAAGGAUAUCAAGAAGGCAUACUAUCAGUUGGCGAAAAAAUAUCACCCAGACACUAAUAAAGACGAUCCAGACUCAAGUCGCAAGUUUCAGGAGGUCUCUGAGGCCUACGAGGUGCUUAGUGAUGACCAGAAGAGAAGGGAAUACGAUACCUACGGGCAAACGACCGAGAAUAUGAAUCGUCAAGGAGGUGCAGGAUUUGGAGGUGCAGGUGGGGGCCCAUUUGGAGCCGACGGUUUUUCACAGAGCUGGAAUUUUCGCUCUAGCAUUGAUCCAGAAGAACUUUUCCGCAAGAUAUUUGGCGAAGGAAAUUUUCGAUCGAACAGCUUCGAUGAUUUCGCUGAUUCGAAAUUUGGCUUUGGCCAGGCCCAGGAGUUGGUUAUGGACCUGACUUUCGCCCAAGCCGCUAGAGGAGUUAACAAAGACGUAAAUGUUAAUGUUGUUGAUCAAUGCCCCAAGUGCGCGGGAUCCAAGUGUGAGCCGGGUACCAAACCUGGACGCUGUCAGUACUGCAAUGGCACCGGAUUUGAAACUAUAUCGACAGGUCCAUUUGUGAUGCGUUCCACCUGCCGCUACUGCCAGGGCACACGCCAGUACAUUAAAUAUCCCUGCCUUGAAUGCGAGGGUAAGGGAAAGACAGUGCAGCGACGCAAGGUUACAGUUCCCGUUCCGGCUGGUAUAGAAAAUGGACAGACAGUGCGCAUGCAGGUGGGCAGCAAGGAAUUGUUUGUCACUUUUCGUGUCGAACGCAGCGACUAUUUCCGGCGGGAAGGAGCCGAUGUGCAUACGAAUGUGGCUAUCUCACUAUCCCAAGCGGUGUUGGGAGGCACUGUUCGCGUGCAGGGAGUCUAUGAGGAUCACUGGAUCAAUAUUGAGGCUGGAACUUCGUCACAUCACAAGAUCACCAUGAGGGGCAAGGGACUGAAGCGAGUAAAUGCCCAUGGCCACGGUGAUCACUAUGUCCACGUCAAAAUCGAUGUCCCUCAGAAGCUAAGCAACGAGCAGCGAGCCCUUGUCGAGGCCUACGCCGAAUUGGAGUUGGACACUCCCGGCCAGAUAAAUGGCAUAGCCAACCGUAAAGACGGCAGUAAGAAAGCAACCGCAGGCGCGAGUGGCAAGAGUGAUGCCGCCAAAACAGGAUCAGGAAAUGAAGAAACCACAGAACAGGCAAAAGGUCAAACCGAACAAAACGCCACCCCACACGGCGAGGGAGAAGACAGCAGAGCCCAGCAAAAUGAAAGCGGAGGCUUCUUAAAAAAACUUAAAUCAAUGUUUAAUUAAAAAAAUUAAUCAAUUAAACUUUCACUUGAUCCAAGUGUGUUUGUUAAAGUUUAAGCAGAUGAUGCCCCCUAUGUUAAGCGUUAUUUUUUAAGUCUAUGGGGGUUAAAGAUUUGUAUUCCAAAACAAGGGAGACUUGUGCGAAGAAAAUAAACCAAAUUGACACUCCAAGUCACUAAAUUA